UUGCGUGGUUGCAGAGGAAUAGGUUAUCACAUUAUAUUACAGCCGGACAUAUAAUUUACAUAACUGAAUCCGAUCGUUAUGGUAAGAUCAGGAAGUUUUGUUUGUUAUGUGAUUUUAAGUGGGGACACUUUGUAUCUUUAUUUCACUGGGAUUAGUGAUCGUUACCGAUCUGUUUUAAGUGCAGUUUAAACGCGUGACAGUCACGAAGAAAUCAUGCGUGUGAACAAAGCCAUGCCCUGGGCGCUUGUGAUUGGGAUGACGUUUUUGUCUACGAUGGGAAGCGCACAGUCUAACGUUACCAGAAAACAACUUAUCAACGAUCUCCUUGAGGACUAUGACGCGAACGUUAUACCCGAUCUGGACUCAGAUUACCCGACAAAUGUUACUGUUCAGUUAUCGAUCCACAACAUGCACUCGAUCAGCGAGACCACAAUGGAGUAUUCAGUUGACGCAUUACUCCGAACUUGGUGGCGAGAUCAUAGGCUCGAUUUUACCUCUAUAAAAACAAACUUCACGUCUGUGGAGCUCGACACUAAACUGAUGGACCGCAUUUGGCAGCCCGAUAUCUAUUUCAAAAAUGAAAAAAGAGGUCUUGUCCACACCAUCACAACUACAAAUAAACUGAUGCACAUAAACAUGAAUGGGACAGUUGUGUUAAGCAUAAGGCUUACAGUGGCAUUGAGCUGCUCGAUGAAUCUGCAAUACUACCCAUUCGACUCACAAACCUGUCCGCUCUACUUAGGGAGCUUCGGCUAUACGGAUGCUAAUAUCAAUUUGGAUUGGCGCAAGCAAGAUCCUGUUCAUAUUAAAGAAAAUGAGAUGCCAAAAUUUGACCUUCGUUCCGAGGUUGAACUUCAAGACUACAUUUCACAAGCCAUAACUGGUUCGUUUUCAACGCUUCGCGUAGACUUCUUUCUGGACAGACAAAUCGGAUUUUUUUGGCUUCAAAUAUUCAUCCCAAGUCUUCUUCUGGUCGUGCUGUCCUGGGUCUCGUUCUGGGUGGAUCCGAAGGCCGUACCAGCACGUGUCUCUCUCGGCGUCACGUGCGUACUCACCCUGACAACCCAGAGUUCCGGAACGCGCCAGCUACUUCCGCCGGUGUCGUAUGUCAAGGCCAUUGACGUCUGGAUGUUCGUAUGCCUUGUGUUCGUGUUUGCUGCACUUCUUGAGUUUGCGUACGUUAACGUCCUGGGGAGAGCCAAAGAGGGAACAGAAACGGAAGAAAACGAAACUGAGAGCAAGUGCUGUACAAGAUAUAAGGCAGUAUGUUUUAAGGUCUUUGCCGAAGCUGGCGAGGCGAGAGCGAAGAAAGUGGACAUAAUCUCGCGUGCACUAUUCCCGGGAGUGUUUUGCAUCUUUCUCUCAGUGUUCUUCUUGGCUUGCGGACUCGCUUCCUAAACUAUUGCUAAGAGUUUAUAAAAUCCCGGUUUUACAGACUUUUGUCUGAUAUUUCUUGAAUUUGUAGUAACAUAUUCUGAUUUUUUUUUCCUUUUCAAUCCCAUUUAAGUUAUAAAAUAUCAUCAAUGUAUUAAUAAAGCUAUAUAAUCAA